CUCUCUCUCUACACACAACACUAGCCGUUUGAAACGUCCUCUUUCUCUCUCUAGAAACUCAGAGCAGAAACCAGGGAGUGAAAGAGAGCUUCCGAGAAAUCUAACGAUGGCGACGAAUAUUGGUAUGAUGGACGCUGCUUACUUCGUAGGUAGAUCAGAGAUCUUGGCGUGGAUCAAUUCCACUCUCCAUCUUAGUCUCUCAAAAGUCGAAGAGGCGUGUUCAGGUGCGGUUCAUUGUCAGCUUAUGGAUGCGGCUCAUCCUGGAAUGGUGCCGAUGCAUAAGGUCAACUACGAUGCCAAGAGCGAGUACGAGAUGAUCCAGAAUUACAAGGUCCUUCAAGAUGUUUUUAACAAACUCAAAAUCACUAAGCAUAUUGAGGUGAACAAGCUUAUAAAAGGAAGGCCUCUUGAUAAUUUGGAAUUUAUGCAAUGGAUGAAGCGGUACUGCGAUUCCUUUAGUGGAGGUCAAGGUCAUAGUUACAAUCCAUUAGAAAGGAGGGAAGCAUCAAAGGGAGGAAAAGAAGCGAGCAAGAAAGGUGCACAAUCACAAGCCUCGUCGAAAGGUGGAGCAGCUGCCUCAAAAUCACAGGCCUCCCACAAUGCUCGAAGAACUGAGGCGGCAAAUGCUGUGAACACUGCAAAUCAAUCAGGGAAGACCUCACGGCCUUCAUCUAGCGGAGGCCCUGCAUAUGAUGAACAGAUCACCGAGUUGAAACUGUCAGUUGAUAGCCUUGAGAAGGAGAGGGAUUUCUAUUUUGCAAAGUUAAGGGAUAUCGAGAUCCUGUGUCAAAACCCGCAAAUUGAAAACCUCACUGUUGUUGGUGCUGUUAAGAAGAUUCUGUAUGCGACGGAUGAUAAUGCUUCAGUUGUGGCUGAAGCUCAAGCUAUGCUGUCCCAGAACAGCAAGGAGGUCGAUUUCUUAAGCCCCAUUCCGGAGGUUUCAGAGGAGAGAACAUGUUCAGAAAAUCAAAAGAGAAAAAGUAUUGUGAACGUUGAUUUUGAUUCUGCUGGGAUCGCCUCAUUGUCUCCAAGGCAAAGGAUCUCAGAUGCUGCUGAUGUUCAUGGCAGUGGGUCACCUCUUAUGACUUACUGAUCAUUCCACCUUAUUAUGCUUUUUAGCAAAAUAAGCAAAAUAUAUUCUGAUUUCUGUGUUUGGAUAAACAAAGCAAAAGAAACUGUCUCAAAGAUUUACUUAACAAUUUUAUGUAGUUGAUGAAAUGGCAUUACAUAUACUUUGUAUGUUGUCUUAUUAAGAAUGUAUAACAAUGAUUUUGAUCUUUGCAAUGUUCUAUUUCGAUUGUUGUCUCA